GGUUAUAAUGUCCCAUWUUAUAUUAUCACACAAAUAUCAAUUUGUAGGGUCUCGGAGUAAAAGCAAUAAAUCUAUUUUUACUCGAGAUGUUAAAAAAUAAAAACUGAUUUGUAUUUAAUGUUUUUUUUUUUUCUUUAUGAAUUCAUAGACUAUUCAGAUUCAGAACCAGCUUACUUGGUGACGGCUACGGCGAUAUCGUAUACUGGCAGUCUUCGUUCUUUGAACAGCAGCAAACAUGGGAUCGGAAAAGAAAAGCGUUUAUGAGUUCAUGGUGAAAGUCAACAGACCGUUCAGUAGCAACGAUGUGUUUUCAAAUCUACAGCGUAAUGGUAUCGGAAAGUCGGCCGUGGAAAAAGCUCUCGAUCAGUUGGUAAAGGAGAACAAGAUCUUCAUGAAGAUGAAUGGCAAGCAGAAGAUUUACUGUGUAGUUCAACCGGACUCGACGGUGGAAGACCAAAAUGAAAUUCAGUCGAUUGAUGAGGAGUUGGUGAAAACUAACGAGGCGUUGCGCGAAGUCGAGCGCAAGUACAAAGAAUCCGAGGUUGAAGUGAAAGCGCUCCAGGGCACCUACAGCACCGAGGAAGUAAAGCAAAAAGUGGCCGAAAUGGAAAAAACCGUAUCCGAACUAAAAUCGCAAUUGAAUCAAAUUUCGAAAACAAGUGGCGACGUAGUGUCAUCAAAGGAUAAAGAACAAGUGAAGAAGAAAUACGAAAUGGUCACCAAAGAAUACAGGAAACGCAAACGCAUGUGCAUGGACAUAUUGGACUCGAUCUUGGAGAACUGCCCGAAACCAAAGAAAGCUCUUUUCGAAGAAAUCGGAAUCGAAACCGACGAGAGCGUCGGCAUGCCGGCGCUUUGAUGACUGUCCUCGUUGCGCGUUAAAAUUAUUAUUAUUAUUUUUAUGUCUUUAAUACUUAUACU